GUCAUUCCCCAGAAUCAUCUUCCUUUGGAGAACCUCACCAUGGUCACUGAAUUCCUGUUGCUGGGCUUUUCGAACCUUAACAAAAUGCAGUUUGUUCUCUUCGGUGUCAUUCUGUGCCUCUACCUGGUCAUUCUGAGUGGAAACAUCACUGUUAUCACUACAAUCUGCUUAGAGCACAGCCUCCACACCCCUAUGUACUUCUUCUUAAGUGUCCUUUCUGUCUCUGAGACAUUCUAUACUUUUGUCAUCCUACCCAAGAUGCUCCUCAACCUCUUAUCUGUGCUCAGGACAAUAUCCUUCAUCAGUUGUGCCAUCCAAAUGUUCUUCUUUCUUGGCUUUGCCACCACCAACUGCCUGUUGUUGGGUGUGAUGGGUUAUGACCGCUACACGGCCAUCUGUCACCCUCUGCGCUACCCAGUCCUCAUGAGCUGGUGGAUCUGUAAGUUGAUGGCAACCACUUGUGGUGUGAGUGGCUUUCUGGUUUCCAUGAUAGGAACAUUUUUGGUCUUCACCCUCCCCUUCUGCAACUCCAACAGAAUUAAUCACUAUUUCUGUGACAUCGCACCUGUUAUUCAUCUUGCCUGUGGAGACCCCUAUAUCAAUGAAGCAAUCAUAUUCUUUGGUGGAGUGGUGGUACUUGUCGUACCUUUGAUGUUCAUCUGUAUCACCUAUGGCUUCAUUAUCAGAACUAUCCUGAGGAUCCCAUCCACUGAAGGGAAAAAGAAAGCUUUUUCUACCUGUGCUUCCCACCUCACAGUGGUUGUAAUCCACUAUGGAUGUGCAUCGUUUGUCUACUUGAGGCCCUCAUCCAGGCAUACAUCAGACAAGGACAAACUGGUGACAGUGACUUACACCAUCUUCACUCCUUUAUUGAAUCCUAUGGUUUACACUCUCAGAAACAGGGAAGUCCGGGUAGCCAUUCAGAAGGUGAUGAACUGGAGAGGAUUUUCUCCUAAAAUCAUAUAA